GUAUGACGUCGUUUUUACGUCUUAUGUCAACUCAAAAUCGAAGUAGCCUUCUCUAGGCGUACACUUUAUUUUCUGUAUUCCAAUAAAUAUUUACAUAUAUUUUUUUUAACAUGGUGUGUUUGAAGUCACAGGAGUUUGCCGCUGCUAAGGAAUACCCUUAAAGAAUACUACGUAUGGGACGCUUUUUCUCAAGCUAAGGCGAGAAGCUAACGCUAGCUAACCCUGCCCGAGCGCCGAGCUACCUAUGGAGGAGCGCUUUAGCCUAGCUCGCUAACCAGCGACAACUGACAAAAGGACUGGCAUGAUGUGAUCCUGAACAUACCAGAGUGAGAAAGUCCAUUUUCCUCUUUGUGUCUUUUUUCACACGAUCUGACACACUUUCCCACCUUCAUCUCAUCAGACCUCUUCCAAGUAACCAACGCAGUGUCCCUGACUGCAAUUGCUUCUGCAUCUGAACCAUGUGAGGGCCCCUCAGUCCAGUUGAAGGGGAUCCCAGGACUGUUGCAAAUACGACCCCGCUGUGCGGGGCCAGACUGAUCCUAUCUUUGUUUCCCGUACCCCUCCCUCUUCAUCCAAACAUUCCCAGUCUCCUUACUGAGGAAUCACGCCAUGAUGUUCCGAGACCAGGUAGGUAUCCUUACGGAUUGGUUUAAGGGCUGGAACGAGUGUGAACAGACAGUGGCUCUGUUGUCCCUCCUGAAGAGGGUGUCUCGGACCCAAGCUCGCUUUUUGCACAUCUGCCUUGAGCACUGGCUGGCAGACUGCACAGAGAUCCACAUCCUUGAAGCUGAGGCCAACAAUGCAGUGAUUGUUAGCCGGUGGCACCAAGAGCCGACAGAGAAAGUGGUGUCCUUGCUGCUGUCCCACCUUCCCCUGCUGCAGCCACGGAACAGUGAGGCCAAAUGUGAGUACAUGAAGUUGCUGCAGAAGGUGUUGAGCCACACUAUUGAAAGUAGCCUGUUUGUGGAGGAGAGCAGACAGCUGCUGUCGUACGCUCUCAUUCACCCUGCCACCACGCUGGAUGAUCGCACGUCUCUGGCCAUGUGGCUCAACCACCUGGAAGAGCACCUAUCCAGUGGCUAUGCACCAUCCUCACGUACUCCAUCGAGCCCCUAUCACCCUCGCCAGGGCUCAGACGAGUGGCCCAACUCUGGUGAGGUUCUGGACCCUGGACUGGCCUGGCAUGACAAAUCCCCUUCCUCCAGCACGUCUCCAGCAGGCCAGAAUGGACACCUUCCUUUCCCAGGCCGGAUGUCUUCUCCCAUCAACAGCAAUAGCACAGGUCUUAGUGGGCAGCUGCAGCCAAGCCCUCUGAAGAAGUCCGUGUCCGUAAUCCCUCCCAGUCCCCAGGUGUGCGGCUCUGAGUGGGUCAGCCAGGAUGACCAAGGGGGCCGGCAGGCCUUCAUUCCAUCAGACCAUGCACCCCUUUCCCCGCAGAGCAGUGUGGCCUCCUCCGGCAGUGAGCAGACUGAAGAACAGGGUUCAACACGCAACACCUUCCAGGAGGAUGGCAGCGGCAUGAAAGAUGUUCCUGCAUGGUUGAAGAGUCUGCGCCUUCAUAAAUAUGCAUUGCUUUUCUCCCAGAUGACCUAUGAAGAGAUGAUGAUUCUCACAGAGCAGCACCUCGAAUCUCAGAAUGUGACGAAAGGGGCGAGGCAUAAGAUUGCCUUGAGUAUCCAGAAGCUGCGAGAACGGCAAAGUGUACUCAAGUCUUUAGAAAAGGAUAUUUUGGAAGGUGGAAACCUGCGUAGCGCCCUCCAAGAGCUGCAGCAGAUUAUCAUCACACCCAUUAAGGCCUACAGUCCACCCAGUGCAGCACAGACAGCACCGGACACAAUCCCCUCCACUGUAGAAUCCACAAAAUCUGGGGCGGAUAAAGAACCAGCCUCAGAAGGCUUUCAGUCUCACAAUCCACCUCCUUGUGAUGGAGACACCUCUGCCACGCCCAUCUCAGAUGGCGACAUUGCUGGACAGUUCACCCGUGUCAUGGGCAAAGUAUGCACCCAGCUGCUGGUGUCAAGGUCAGAUGAAGAGAAUAUCAGCUGCUACCUUCAGCUCAUCGAGAAAUGUUUGACACAUGAGGCUUUUACAGAAACUCAUAAGAAAAGGCUGAUGUCGUGGAAGCAGCAGGUCCUCAAACUGCUCCGCCUCUUCCCUCGGAAAGCUAUGCUGGACAUGCCCGUGUACCGACAGAAAGGCUGGGCCUAUGGCUCCAACUCCCUCCCCACAGCAGGCUCUGUGAGUGGAAGUGUUGGGCGUCGGGGCCAAAGGCUAUUCCAGAUGAACCCUCGUGGGCUUCCAGCUGGACGCAUGGGUCUGCUAAGUCCUGGUGGGAUUGGGGGAGUGUCUCCACGCCAUACACUCACUAAUCCUGUGCUGGCUGGUCAGGGUAGACAAAACUUGUGGUUUGCCAACCCUGGGGGCAGUAACAGCAUGCCAAGUCAGAGUCGCAGCUCAGUGCAGCGGACGCACUCGCUCCCUGUUCACACUUCACCGCAAACCAUGCUCAUGUUCCAGCAGCAAGAUUGCCAAAUUCCGGGUGCUGACCUGGAGAUCAACCCCACGCUGGAGUCACUGUGCCUCAGUAUGACGGAGCACGCCUUAGGGGACGGAACAGACCGGACAUCAACAAUAUGAAAAGAAGAAAUUACAUGAGAAAUACACUUCAUCUGAGGCCUGCUCAGCUCCUCAUCACCCAGCACAAAGAUACACGAAUGCUUACAAAAACCAGGCAGAGCAGCAGUCACUACAAAAUGACAAAAAAACUGUGUAUAUGUUCUCUAAUAUUUUUGUACUUUAUUAUAUACAACUAAGUUUAUUAAAAAGAAAAAUCAAAUACAGAUAAUAAACAAAUAAUUAUUAUAUUGCAGGACAGAGAAAAGGCUAACUGCUCCGUGUCACCUGCAGGACUGUGACACGAUGUGCAGACGCUCAGACAAAAAAAAUUGGGGGUUGGUGCUGUCUUAAAGGGGUUCUGCCCUGAGUUUUUCUUCUUUUUUUUUUUCCCCUCCUGCCUUGAAGCAAGGCAGCUCUUCAGAACAUGCUGACAGUCACAGCCCUUGCCCCGUGUCAACAUUUUUUUUGAGUCAGACAGAUGUAAGGCACUUUUAUUGAAUAGUCACAAUAAUAAAAAAAAGGUCAAAAAUCUCCUCAUUGGAAGGUUCCCACUUGUAGACAGGUGUGGAUUUACAGACACGCUCCCUCGCUGGUAUAAGCGGUGCUUGGCAGUGGUUGCGAUGGUUGAAGCCUAAAAAAAAAAAAAAAGUUCAAAACCCCAGAAUUCAACAUAAAAGAACAUCUACAGGAACAGAGAACAAAAAUAAAAAGGGUUCGGAAAAAGCUUCCAAAUGUGUCCUCCAAGUAGAAGCGACUGUCCUCUCAGCUUCUACAAAACCAAAGAAAACGGUUUAGCUGUUCUUAAAUUGAGGAUAUUUGUCGUGAAAUGCAACAGGAUGGUGUAAUUUUCUUUGUUCUUUUUUUUUCAUCAGUUUGAAGAGUUUAUGCAAGUUGCAGUUUUCUGUGUGUUUGUUGUAUUCCCUUCCCCGUAAAUGAUGAUGAAUCUCAUUUUGUGCCGACCCCCCUCCUCCUAAACCUGCGCGGGGUCAGUAAGGGCUGGUGAGGUUUGUACCGUGUGAAGCUGUUUUGAUAUUGAACUGAUAUAAAAGAAUAGAGUUUUUUUUCUCCCUCCUCCACCCCUCUGGCGACCUUUUGAUCGGAUUUGAAGAAUGAAGCUCAAGAUUCAUAAAGACUGCUUCAUUACGUGGCCCCUCACCCUCUCAAGACGGCCAAUAUGACGAUUUGAUGAAUCAUAACCCUUCAAAGUGCUCGACGUCGUCCAACGUUUUGGGUUUUUUGGGUUCGUGUCUCAGUGUGCGUCAGUCCCAGAAGCCCCACCUUAUCAUUAUGGUAUCAGUGUUGAAAACAGUCUUAUUACUACGGCCUCUGUCUUUGAAUGUGGCAGAGCGGAGGUGCAUGUGCGUGUAGUAUGGUCUUACCUUUCGGUUGCAUCAUAAGGCAGGGAAAACCAUCACAUUUUUAUGUCAGCAGAACAUAGGAGGCUCAGCUGAGUAAAGUUAAUUAUUUACAGAUAUCUUUCCAAAUUGUAUUUUUUACUUCCUUGACAUUGAUAACUUAUGCUUAUUUUGUGUAAUCGCAUGUUUUUGCCACACUAAUAUAGCACUGUUGUAGAUAGAGGAUCUGGCGGAUGAUGGUAUCCGGUGUCACCAAAAGCUGCAGAGCGGAAAAUUUAGCAACUAAUGGUAUACGUUUAUAUCGCCUAAAUGUCACUGUUUACAUCUCUCUGGGAUAACACCCGAUUCAUGUUAUAUGAUGUCAUACAGUAUGUAACAUUAAAGAACUGAAGCCUUCUCACAAAAGAGCUGGCGAGACCUUGAAAACAAACAUUCCCUAUCCUUUAGUCACCCCUUAAUCCACAGACUCCCAGUCAGUCACAGCACAGUUUUUAAUAUACGAACGACAGACCACCGUUUUGGGGUGGGGGGUGAACUCGGAUUUAAGAUUUUUUUUUUUUUAAGUAGUCAUACUGUUACAAAAAAGUUUAAAUAUUAUAGGAGGAAAGGCUGUUAGAGGAAAAGUUGUAUUGUUAUGAGAAAAAUGUAUAAAGAAUAUAGCUGUGUCUGAAAAAUUGCUGAUUUAAAAUUGGAGCAUUUGUGAGCAAAAUAUUGUUAUAAUGCUUAUUUAUUUUAAUAUAACCUUCACCAUAUUAAAUAGUUCACAGUUGAUCAUCGCUUUAAAGGAAAUAUGUGAGACACUGGUAUUUGAGCUCUAAAGAAUGUCUGAUUUUCCCAAACCUUAAAAUCGCUUACUCCAGUUAUUAAUGUGUUUUUGCAUUUCAUGAUUAUUUAUAGUAUAUGUUGCUGGUGAUAUUAAAGCUCCAGUGUGUAGGAUUUAGCAUCCUCUACUUGUGAGGUUGCAGACUGCAUUAUGUUGUCACCAGUCACAACUCUGUUUCCCUUCACAUUUUCACUUUUCUUUUUGUGACGGGUAUUGUGAGAAGUAAUAUGUAUGAGCCUCUAUUUCAGAAGAAAUGGGGGUUUUCAAACAUGUUUGCUUCCACUAGCAACCAAUAUACAGUUUAUAGGGGAGCAACCACUGAUUCCUCAUUUUUGUUUUGUUUUUUUUUUCCUCUUCAGUCUUGCAACUAUGCUCCAAAAUGCUAAAGGCUAAGUUUGUUACUUUGGGGCUACUGUAUCAACAUGGUGGCCUCCAUGAGGGGGGGCCCACUCCCAUGUAAAUAUGAAGGGUCCAUUCUAAGCUAAUGAAAACAUGUUACAGGUAAUUUAUACACAAAUGAACAGAUGUUAUGAAUGCUGUAUUCUAUUUCUGCUAAUGAACACACCUAAAUCCUACACACUGUAGCUUUAAUAUUCUAUAGAAACACUGCUACAUCAACGGUGAAGAAAAUCACCAGAGAUGUCUUCUCAGCCUGGUGCAGGGUUUGUUUAAUCCUGUGUAUUAGAAAAAUAGGAAAAAGAAACAAACAAAACCCAACACUAAGCUGGCCAUAGGUCUUCAGACAUUCUAUGCUGCUAAUGGCGAUUUAAAAAGUAGGUUCAUGUUAUUGUGUUAUCAUGUUGAGUGUAAAAUUGGUGCUUUAACUCCAGGUCAGCUGCCCCUUUGAGUCUCUGGGAUUAACUUCCUAAACUAACUUUUCUCCUCCCACCAAAAUAAAGCAUUUCUCAAAGCACUCAGAAUGUAGCAGAGGUGUAAUAUGGCUGGGGUUGUAAUGAAUAAAUAUAUAAAUCAGCAGGCUGCCAGUAGGUGCAAACAAUUGCUCUUCCACAUUUUCAGAAAAUGCUUUAUUUUACAAAAACAAAAAACAAACAAACCCAAAACUGAUAAUGCUCUUACUUUUUCUCCUAACAGUACAGUUUUGUGCAGUAUGAUUUUUCUCCUCCAAAUAUUUUGGCUUUAGUUUAAAGGUCACUUUCACCCCCAAAGCGGUGGCGUGAAUGCUCUGUCACACUUUUCUUAUGAGGUGUGUUUAAGGUGGUGAAAACAGUCCCACCCCCCCACCCCCCCAACUCAAAAGUCCUUGAGUAAAUAAUUCCACGUCCUGAUUAAAACUGUUCAUGUGGUGCCUCAAAUACACACACAGCUCCUAAACAUCUGAUUGUUGAUUUGCUCUUUGUUUUCUAGUCACGGAUUUCUUCAGAGCGGGCUCUCGGAUAGAUCUUAGACUUGUUAAUGCGCCGUGUUCUUGUGCCACACGGCGUUUUCAGUAAGUGGAUGCUGACUUCUUCUUAUCAACGGCUGUUUUGUUUUUAAACUAAUCCCUAAACAGUGUAUCGACUCUUUUGUUACGUACGGCUCAGACGAUCCUUUUCCCGCGGCUCGUGUAAAGUUAGUGACUGUGUGCAUAUUACCACUUGAAAGUAGCUCCGAGUUACAAGCGCGGCAGGUUUGUGCAGGCCGCUGAAACGGACGCAGCGAGAGAUGAGAACCGUCUCAGCCACAGAUGAUGUGAUUGUGAGUAAACUGAACACUAAUAACAGGCCAAGGAACACGUUUACUCCAUGUUUACAUUCCAGCAAUGCAUGAAAUGAGUUGGAAAAUGCUCACGUGUGGUUUUGCGUGUCAUAUGGAGACUCCUGGAAAGUGGCCCAAGAUUUCUGUUCACGCUGGGCUUGAUGAAUGAAUUAACCAGUCGGUUGUAGGCUUUACUGCAACUUUGUCUUGUAUGAUUUAUAUUUAAUUCUCACUUCCCAGCCAUUUUCUAAUGUUUUCUGUGCAUUUGGCAUCUCAUGCUUACUCACUCUGUUUUUUACUGUCACUUUGUGUAUGAACAGUCUGAAGUGAAACAUUUGUCGGCUCAUUGACAGUCCCAAUAAAGGAGUUCAGUUCUUUUGCAGUCUGA